AAAAGAAUAUUCACCGGAGGAAACUGCAUCUAAUUUGUCACCCGAUAGGCUAUAUCAUAGUUUGCUGUAAACGUAUGGUUAGAGUAAACCCUGAAUAUUUAGACAAACAAAAUCACUUAUACUUGACGCGGAGCCGGAUUCAUUCGCAUUGUGCUACUUUAUGAAAAGUGAAAUGGAACUUGUGAUUCUCUUUUAAAGGAUUCAAGUGGACAGAUACGCAAAUGCUGCUUGUAGUGUUUUGUAUGUGUUUUUAUUUAUAGUAAGAAAGAUUAUCAGUAUCACAAACAUGUAAAACACAGCUUCUAUUGAAACUGCUUUGAGGUGUUUUGUGAGGAAGACAUUAUGGAUAUAUUCCGCGCUUAAACUAAGAUGAGGAUAAGGUAAAGGAAAAGAGGCGAGAAAUAUGGGUGUUUUCGACAGUCCUGAGGCUCAAAACUGGCUGCGACAGUGGCUGGCUGUGUUCAUCACGAGGGAAGCUAUAUUACCUGCUGUAAAGUCCGAGACAGUACGUUUACAUACAUACAUACUGGGGACGCUGCCAGCGACCGUUUGUUCACAAGACCACGGAAGAAUAACUGACACUUUGAGACUUUUUUGUCGUUUUCAUGAAGUAUUUCGUGAUGAAAUCAAACAGCGACAUAAGCAGAGACCGUCUUGGAAGAACGCCACGACUGACACUUGGCACAAUGACUCAUUUUCAAUCGCCAAGUUGUUUAUGCAGCCCUCGGGUUAUGACGACAAGACCAGUUUCGAUCAAAUCGACUUUAAUGGAAUUGCAGCCUUCAUGUAUAACUGCGGACGUUUCCCAGCCACUGUGGAGUCAUCGUCAGACCAGGCUCGUGUUUCUACCAACAAGAUUCGGCACAUGCCGGAUAAGUGUUCAAGUGCCCUGACAGACCAGGCCACCACAGAUUGUAUAGAUAGCAUGUGUAAGCUACUGAACGACCCAACAUUAAACACCGAUAAAGAGGUCCAGGAAGCUCUGAAACAACUCGAUGAGUUAAAGACUACCUUCCCUAAACUGUUUGAAGAGCAUUGGAAAUCUAUCAUUGAAGAUAUAACUACUAAAUGUCUUCAAGAUAUCCAUGACUUAUGCAAAGAUGAAAAGGAAUCAUGGAAAACAGAGGCAGACCAAAAGACAGCUGACCUUCGGUCUCUUGGUGACAGCAUUCUGUCUCAUUUAGCAACAAGAGGUGAAACUGUCUUGGGUGAUAUAAAGAAAUCCAUUAAAGACGGGAUGAAAAGUAUCGAAGACCAGGUUGUGAAAGGUGAAGGAAAGAUUGUGGAAAAAACUGAGAAAGGAGAACGAAAGAUUGAUGAACAGACUGAAAAGGGUGUACGAAGAAUUGAAGAAAGGACUGUUAGUGGGGAUCGGAAGAUCAAGGAAAAUACUGAAAAAGGUGAACGGAAGAUCGAUGAAAACACUAAAAUAGGAGAACGAAAAAUCGCGGAAACGGCUAAAACAGGAGAACGAAAGAUCGAGGAAAAUGUUGAAAUAGGAGAACGGAAAAUUGAGGAAAAAACUGAAAUAGGAGAACGGAAGAUUGUGGAAAAUACUAAAAUAGGAAAACGGAUAAUUGAGAAAAAAAUUGAAUUAGGUAAACGGAAAAUCGAGGAAACGGCUAAAAUAGGAGAACGAAACAUCGAUGAAACGGCCAAAAAAGGAAAACGAAAGAUCGAGGAAAAGGUUGAAUUGGGAGAAAGGAAGAUUGAUGCUAAGAUGAAGGACUUAGAUGCGAAAAGUGGAAAACUUACCAAAGCAGAUUUGAGAAAGGAGCUGUUUAAACUGUACAACAAAACUGCAAGCACAGUGCGUAUUCGGCUUGACAUCGAUGAGGCAGUUGAAAAAGUAUAUGAAGAGCCUAAACUUACUUUAAAGAAAACUGGCAAAGAUAAAGAGGAUCUUCUAUCUGAAGUGAAUGACAUUUUUCGAAACAAUAAGUGCACAAUGGAUAAAACGAUAUUUAUUGAAGGCGAGCCAGGUUCGGGAAAAUCUUCACUAUGUAAGAUGAUCGUUCAUGAAUGGUGUAAAACAAAACAUUGCGGACGGACAGAACACGACGGACACGAACUGAUAAGUCAGUUUGAAUUUGUUUUUCACAUAAUUCUCCGUGAGGCAAAGAAUGAAUGUCACGUAAAGAAAAUGAUAUUUAAAAACAUCAUAGACAGGAUUGGAUUCGACAAAAGAAGCUCAGAAACAUUGCUUAGAGAAGUUUUGAAAUCCAACACAUGUCUGCUAAUGCUUGAUGGUCUAGACGAGUGGAAGCACCCUGAAGGAUGCCAUUUGGAUGAAAGAAUUCCCCAUGUUGAAACAAUAUGGGAAAACUGUACCAUACUCAUCACCACAAGGCCAUACAAAAUUGCUGAGCUGAAAAUAGGUCGCUCUCAAAUUGGAAAACACAUCAUGUUGAAAGGAGUUUCGAACCCAGAAAGGCUGGUUGAGAAAGUGGUAUCAAGUUUGAACGAAUUUUACGACACAGGACUGUCCCAGGGUCCAAGAGCCGCAAGAUUACCACUGAAUCACAACAAAUGCGUUACGGAAAUUCGAGAUAAAAUCCUAUGGCAUUUCAGUGAAUGUCCGGUCCUGUUAGUUCACAUCGUUUGGCUUUGGUACAAGGGAAAGCUUUUGGUAGAUAUGACUCAGUCUGAACUUUACGGAACAUUGCUGAAGGAACGAUGGCUGGAAUCCUGUGGCAAUAGAGAAUCAGCUGUUGGAUCUAAAUACAACAAUGUGAUAUACGCCCUGAGCGAAAUAGCCUUUAAAAAGUUAUUCGCUGAAGAUGAACACAGUACAAUUGUGUUUGAUAUAGAUGAGAAAAAGAAUCCAACAUUCGAAAGUCAAAAGUAUGCGUCGCUUGAAUCUGGCAUCCUAUCCUGCUCAAAUAUUCCAGGUGAUUCUCCGCAAUACCACUUUUUGCACAAAAGUGUUCAGGAAUACCUAGCGGCGCUGUACUUAUCAAAGGACUUUGACAAGUGUUGUUUGCAUAUCAAACAAACAUACAAAAACCACAGAAAAGAAAGUGGAGUGAGCUUGUCCAAGGUUUUACUUUUUCUUUGUGGUUUGAAUUCAAAAGCUGCCGAAGAACUUGCAGAAACAAUAAACGAACUGUUCACUGACUUUUGCGAUAAUUAUGGUUAUUCUGAACGGGAAUCGAGAAACAUUCAGGAUUUGAUCAUAGAAGGUCAAAUAGAGCUAGACAGGAGCGAUAACUCCGGGAGGAAAUUGUGCCUUGAGCACCUCUGUAUUGCAGAAAAUGAUUUCGAUAAUGAAACAAUAACUGUUAAAAAUGCAGCCGCCUUACAAAAAUAUAAAACGACAAACCAAUCAAGCAUAGUAUCAUUGUAUAUCUUUCCCAAUGUAUUUGGUGCAUACGGGGGAGUUCUUGAUUUAGAAAAUUACAAAUGUCUAAAGUACUUAUAUGCAUUCCUUAUCGGCUUCAAUGAUGUCACUGGUUUGAAUUUGAGUAAUUUAGAAGAAUGCUACAUAAAAUUCGAUAGGACCCAAAAUGCUCCAAACCUCACAUCUACAUUCUACAACACUGAUAUCACAUGUUUGAAAAAAAUGAAAAAACUUCACUUGUCAAAAUUGGCGGAUUUCAACUGGCUACGUGAAGGUUCAGAACGAGAGGGAAUUCUUGAUAUACGACGCCUUGCAAAUCUUGAACAGCUAACCGAUCUUGGAUUAGAAAUACUGCCUCACUCAGACGUGAUGAAUCUACAAGAGUUGAGAAUACACAAGCUGCUAAUAGGAUUCCAGGUGCUAGAGCGAGCUCCACAGCUUAUGUCAGCAUUUUCUGCAUAUGGACCAUGCCAGAAUGAACGGACAGGACUUUUCUCUCACCUGAAGGACGUACGCCUAGAACGUAUCCACAUGGUAGAGAAGCAGUUCAGACGACUAUUGCAGUCGUUUAUUAAAGCGAGAGGAACUUCAUUGCAGUUGGUGGGGUGUUCCAUAGAACCGGAAGAUGAUGUACCGCAGUUUCAGAAUGGAUACGAGCAGCAGGUAGUAUCGUCUGAGUGUACAACAUACAUUGGGUUUUGGUAUCUUACCAUCACAAUAGAGGGGUUCAUGUGGCUUAUUGAUUACGUGACCAGAUGCGGUCAAUCCGUGAAAUGUGAAUUGGACGCAACAUACCUGAAACUAAACUAUCCUGUUGAAAAACCAGCCUUUCCGAUGUCGGUUCCACAGCUUAUCCUAGCUAAUUAUACCACCGAGUUGAAACUAUCAUGUACCGAUAUAUCAACAGAACAAAUUUGUCAAAUCUUCGGUAGGAUAAAUCAGCUCAACCAUUCAGUAACAUUAACAUUGGAUUGUUGUACCGAAUUAUCAGGCAAAAUCAAUUCACUUGGGAAUCAGAUGGUGCCUCCACCAAACCCGUCACAGGACUGUACCAAAUAUAUUGAGAUAAAGAACAUGAACAUAUCGGAAACAUUGUUUUGGUAUGCUGAUAUCAGUGCGAUUCAUUUAGGAUACACGUGUAAGAUAUCACGGUGUAAUAUACUGCCCAGUGAAGUGCCGCAUGCAGACAACCUUCAUUUUCCCAAGAUGACUGCUAACCACUCACCUGCUCAAACAGCAAAACUCAGAUUCGAUAGAGCAUCAAUACCACAACACGUAGUUGAGCGUCUCGCCUGCCAAGCGGCACUAUCUGGACAUUUGGUUGAGUUUGUGUUAGACAUGUGUUAUGUAGGGGUCACUCCGGCGGAUGUCUUGUCAUUGAAGGAAAAGUUGGAGGGAGACCCUGCCAUUCAGAUCGAGAAAUUCAAGUUUGAAACAAGCAAGGGCAUUCCAAAUAUCUGUCUCGAAAGAUAUAAGCCUGGCCAAGCAUGGGACAUUCGUUUUAACACAAACGCAAAAAUAUAAGUCUGCCCUCGCUGAGUCCACUGCAGAAAAGACCGUAGUCACGAAGAAUGCACUCAUAUCGAAAGGACGUCUGAAUUCCACGUAAGAUCACCAAGGAGAGUUCAUUCAUGCAAAGUGUAAUAAGAACAUUUAGAGUUCAAUUAAGCAAAAUGUAACAACAGAAUUGGCACAAUGUGUGCCUGCAAUGAGGACAUUAAGAGUUCAUUCAUGCAAAGUGUAACUAGAACUAUACACAAAGUUUGUUCCUGCAAUGGGAAUUCUGAGAGUAUAUUCAUGCAAAGUGUAACUAGAACUAUUGACAAAGUUUGUGCCUGCAAUGGGGAUUCUGAGAGUAUAUUCAUGCAAAGUGUAACUAGAACUAUUGACAAAGUUUGUGCCUGCAAUGGGGGUUCUGAGAGUAUAUUCAUGCAAAGUGUAACAAGAACUAUUGACAAGGUGUGUGCCUGCAAUGUGGAGACUGAGAGUAUAUUCAUGCAAAGUGUAGCAAGUACAAUUGGCAAAGUAUGUGCCUGUUAUGGUGAGACUGAACGUAUGUGUUGUUGCUGUUCUAGAUACUUCAGUUCAAAAUUUAUUUAAGCAUGACCUUUUGUAAAUAAUUUCGUCAGGUUUUCUCACAGUUUUGAAAUAUUUACGUGAAUCAUAUGUAUAUCUUUUAAAAUAACUUAAAAGGCAAUUGUUUUUUUUGUUGUUGAUAGGAUCAAGUAAGUAUAUUUGAUAAAUUAUGAAACACAAGCACAUACGGUUGAUAUAACAAUAUUUAUCUUCUCCAUUUGUCCCCCUUUAUCAAGAGUUAUAUUUUGCAUUUGACCCCAUUUUCCAAGAAUUAUCAUUUCAAUUGGUCCCCUUUUUCAACUCUUCUCUUUUCCAUUUGCCCCUUUUACCAAGAAUUAUCUUUUUCUUUUGGUCUGCUUUAUCAAGAGUUUAUUUUCAAUUUGGCCUCCUUUACCAAACGUUAUCUUGUAUAUUUUUCCCCUUUAUCAAGAGUUGGUCCGCUUUUUUCAAGAGUCAAGAGUAACCAUCUAAAUUUGACCCCCUUUAUCAAGAGUUAUCUUUUGUGGACCCCCCUUUAUCAAGAGUUAUCUUUUGUGGACCCCUUUAUCUAGAGUUAUCUUUUAUAUUUGACAUUUUUUAUCAAGAGUUUUCAAUUUGGCCCCCUUAACCAAUAGCUAUCUUUUUUUAAAUCUUUUUUUUUGCCCCCUUUAUCAAGAGUUGUUUUUCCAUUUGGUCCCCUUAAUCAAGUGAAACCUUUUCAAUAUGGCUACCUUUAGCAAUCGAUAUUCAUAUGGCCAUCUUAAUGUGGCCCCCUUUAUGAAGAGUUGUCCUUUCAAUUUUGCCCUCCUUUAUAGUUGUUCUUUCCAUUUGGUUCCUUUAAUUAAGAGCUUUCAUUUCUAUAUUUCGACCUUGAUUAAGAGUUAUCUUUUCUAUCUGCCCACCAUUAGCAAGAGUUAUCUUUUUAAUAUGGCACCCUUGAUCAAGAGUUAUCUUUUCUAGUUGGCCCCUUUUUUCAAAAGUAUCAUUUUCAUUUAGCUUUAUAUAACUAGUGAAUACAUUUUCUGAAUGAAUCAGUGUUUCUAAUGAAAAAAAUGAACUAAUAAAACUAAAUCACACUUCUGUACACGUUUUUUUGCAUUUAUUUAUUUAGUUCUAUUACUUACAAACAUGUUAUUUUACAAAAAUGUUAAUCUUAAGUUUGUAUUUCCUAUCAAUUGUAGUAUACACAUGUAAGUAAGUAAUAGUUCAUUUAUUCAAAUAAGUAAGCGGUACGUGCAAUGAAAGUUCAUUGUUUGAUAUGUUUUGGCUUUGCAUAACUUUGAUAUUUUAUGAAAAAACUGAAAGAAAUCAGUAUGUACACGUUUCCUGAAAUUUACUUAUUAAGGAUAUUUCUGCAUAUAGUUUUAAACCGUUGUUAUUCAUAUCAUUUGUAAUAUGCCCAUGUAAAUAAGUACAUUGUUCCUAUAGUCUACUUAUUAGACGGUACAUGUAAUCACUGAUCAUUGAUUGUUUUGUAUUUUGCUUUGUAUAGCUUGUGAAUAUAGUAAUUUGUGGAGUCAUUGUUUUUUAAUGAAAAAGACACGUUAACAAAUGAAGAUGACAGUACAAGAGCAUGCGUAAAGUUUAUUUACUUUUCUAUUGUAAUAAGUAUAGUGUUCAUGUAUUGAAUAUAGUAAACGUCACAUGAACGAAGGUUAAUGGUGUCUGUAAUUUAUUUGCAUUUUUCUGAACGUAGUGGACGUUACAUAAACGUACAUUGAUUGACACAAUAUGGUGUCUGAAAUGUAUUUACUUUCCCCAAUUGUAAUAACUUUAUUGUUCAAUUACUGAACUAUAUAGACGGAACAUGAACGUAAGGUAAUGGUGUAUGCAAUUCAAUUACUUUCCCAUGUUAUUAUAUUUUGUUUAAUUAUUGAACUUAGUAGAUGGAAAAUUAAUGGUGUCUGCAAUUUAUUUACUUUUCUAUAGUUAGUUACUAUAGUGUUAAAUUACUGAUUUUAGUAGAUGGAAUAUUAACGAAAGUUAAUUAUGUCUGCAAUUUAUUUACUUUUCUAUAGUUAGUUACUAUAGUGUUAAAUUACUGAUUUUAGUAGAUGGAAUAUUAACGAAAGUUAAUUAUGUCUGCAAUUUAUUUACUUUUCUAUAGUUAGUUACUAUAGUGUUGAAUUACUGAUUUUAGUAGAUGGAACAUUAACGAAUGUUAAUGGUAUCUGCAAUUUAUUUUAUUUUCUAAAGUUAGUUACUAUAGUGUUGAAUUACUGAUUUUAGUAGAUGGAAUAUUAACGAAAGUUAAUUAUGUCUGCAAUUUAUUUACUUUUCUAAUAAAAGUUGAUUGCUAAAGUGAUGAAUUACUUAUAUUGGUAGACUGUACAUGAAAUUAAGGCAAUUGUGUCAGCAGUUUAUUAAUUUUAUAAUGAUUGUGUUUCGACAAAUGGAUGAGACAAACAUGUUUUUUUCCGAGUUUUGCCAAAUUCUUACUGUCGAGGCAACACUCUUUGACAAGUCAAAUUUCAAAACGUUCAAAUGUGCACUUUCUUAUUCAGUCUAAUGUACUUUAUUAAAGAAAUAUAUAACUUUGGUAAAUAAGGUCAAGUAUUUCCAAAGAUACCAUAAAAUAAAUAUUGUGGAUUGGAAAUGUUCAAUUGUUUAUAGAAAUGAUGCAAAAUAUGAUUGCUGCAAGCAGUGUGUGUUAUUGACCUCUGUAAUAUACAAUGUAUAGUAAAUGCGUAAAUGCCUCGAACCGUAAAUAUAAGUAUCUACAGUAUGUAUGGAUGGUGAGUUAUAACUCCAUGUAGGGUUUGUAUGUAAUAACUUUAUAUAUAGAUGGUGUGUAAAAAAUCUAUGUAAAGACGGUGUGUAAUAACUCUAUGUAUGGAUUGUGUGUAAUAACUCUAUGUAUGGAUGGUGUGUAAAAACUCUAUGUAUAGAUGGUGUGAAAUAACUCUAUGUAUGGAUUGUGUGUAAUAACUCUAUGUAUGGAUGGUGUGUAUUAGCUAUAUGUGCCGACGGUGUGUAAUAAUUAUAUGUAUGGAUGGUGUGUAAUAGAUCUAUGUAUGGAUGGUGUGUAUUAGCACUAUAUAUAGAUGGUGUGUCAUAACUCUAUGUAAGGAUGGUGUGUAAUAACUCUUUGUAUGGAUGGUGUGUAAUAACUAUAUGUAUGGAUGGUGUGUAAUAACUAUAUGUAUGGAUGGUGUGUAAUAACUCUAUGUAUGGAUGGUGUGUAAUAACUCUAUGUAUGGAUGGUGUGUAAUAACUCUGUGUAUGGAUGGUGUGUAAUAACUAUAUGUAAGGAUGGUGUGUAAUAACUCUAUGCAAGGAUGGUGUGUAAUAACUCUAUGUAUGGAUGGUGUGUAAUAACUCUAUGUAAGGAUGGUGUGUAAUAACUCUAUGUAAAGAUGGUGUGUAAUAACUCUAUGUAUGGAUGGUGUGUAAUAACUAUAUGUAUGGAUGGUGUGUAAUAACUAUAUGUAAGGAUGGUGUGUAAUAACUCUUUGUAUGGAUGGUGUGUAAUAAUUAUAUGUAUGGAUGGUGUGUAAUAACUAUAUGUAUGGAUGGUGUGUCAUAACUAUAUGUAUGGAUUGUGUGUAAUAACUAUAUGUAUGGAUGGUGUGUAAUAACUAUAUGUAUGGAUUGUGUGUAAUAACUAUAUGUAUGGAUGGUGUGUAAUAACUCUAUGUAUGGAUGGUGUGUAAUAACUCUAUGUAUGGGUGGUGUGUAAUAACUCUUUGUAUGGAUGGUGUGUAAUAACUCUAUGUAUGGAUGGUGUGUAAUAACUAUAUGUAUGGAUGGUGUGUCAUAACUAUAUGUAUGGAUUGUGUGUAAUAACUAUAUGUAUGGAUGGUGUGUAAUAACUAUAUGUAUGGAUUGUGUGUAAUAACUAUAUGUAUGGAUGGUGUGUAAUAACUCUAUGUAUGGGUGGUGUGUAAUAACUCUUUGUAUGGAUGGUGUGUAAUAACUUUAUGUAUGGAUGGUGUGUAAUAACUCUAUGUAUGGAUGGUGUGUAAUAACUCUUUGUAUGGAUGGUGUGUAAUAACUAUAUGUAUGGAUGGUGUGUAAUAACUCUAUGUAUGGGUGGUGUGUAAUAACUCUAUGUAUGGGUGGUGUGUAAAAACUCUUUGUAUGGAUGGUGUGUAAUAACUAUAUGUAUGGAUGGUGUGUAAUAACUCUUUGUAUGGAUGGUGUGUAAUAACUAUAUGUAUGGAUGGUGUGUAAUAACUCUAUGUAUGGAUGGUGUGUAAUAACUCUUUGUAUGGAUGGUGUGUAAUAACUAUAUGUAUGGAUGGUGUGUAAUAACUAUAUGUAUGGAUGGUGUGUAAUAACUCUAUGUAUGGAUGGUGUGUAAUAACUCUUUGUAUGGAUGGUGUGUAAUAACUAUAUGUAUGGAUGGUGUGUAAUAACUAUAUGUAUGGAUGGUGUGUAAUAACUCAAUGUAUGGAUGUUGUGUAAUAACUCUUUUUAUGGAUGGUGUGUAAUAACUAUAUUUAUGGGUGGUGUGUAUUAAUUAUAUGUAUGGAUGGUGUGUUAAAACUUUUUAAAACGCUUUGUAUGGAUGGUUUGUAAUAACUCUGUGUAUGGAUGGUGUGUAAUAAUUAUAUAUAUGGAUGGUGUUAAUAACUGAAUGUAUAGAUGGUGUGUAAUAACUCUAUGUAUGGACGGUGUGUAAUAAUUAUAUAUAUGGAUGGUGUUAAUAACUGUAUAAACUCAAUGUAUAGAUUGUGUGUAAUAACUCUAUGUAUCGACGGUAUGUAAUUACUCAAUGUAUGGAUGGUAAGUAUUUACUCUAUGUAUAGGUUGUUUGUAAUUUCUUUAUGUAUGGAUGGUGUGAGCUUACUAUAUGUAAGUCAAUGUGUGUAAUAACCCUAUGUAUUGAUGGUGUGUAAUAACUUGUAUGGAUAUUAACUCUUUGUUUGUAUUGUUUACAAUAAGUGUAUAUUCGAAAGACGUGUAAUACGUCUUUGUGUGGAUUUUGUGAGAUAACUUUAUUUAUUGUAUUGCUAUGAGAGUUUAAGUUAAUGAGUGUAUAAGAUACGUUUUGCAAUGCGAUAUUGAAGAAAUGUUUGUUUACAAAAUGAAUUGCUUUUAGAGGUUAAAUAAAUGUGUGUAUAUGAUUGCUAUCAGCGAUUAAUGUGUGUUAAUGUUAUGUGUUGUUAUAAGUGAUUGAAUUAAUGUGUGUAUAUGAUAUAUAGUGUUAUUAGCGAUUGAAUUAAUGUGUGUAUAUGAUAUGUGUUGUUAUCAGCGAUUAAUGUGUGUAUAUGAUAUGUAUUGUUAUCAGCGAUUGAAUUAAUGUGUGUAUAUGAUAUGUUUUGUUAUCAGCGAUUGAAUUAACGUGUGUAUAUGAUAUGUAUUGUUAUCAGCGAUUGAAUUAAUGUGUGUAUAUGAUAUGUAUUGUUAUCAGCGAUCGAAUUAAUGUGUGUAUAUGAUAUUAUAUUGCUAUCAGCGAUUAAUAUAUGUAUAUGCUAUUAUAUUGCUAUCAGCGAUUUAUGUGUGUAUAUGAUAUGUAUUGCUGUAAGUGAUUGAGUAAUUGCGUGUGUGUGGUAUACAUUGCUGAGCUAUUGAAUAAAUGUCUGUAAAUGGUA